CUGUUCUCUCGGACGCUCAAAUGACCGGUUUUUUUGGUCACCCUCUAGUGUUCCCCAAUCUAUAUAUCAUCGUUAUCAUCAUCAUACAAUGUUUGAAUCUUCCAUUAACCCAACGAUGGGGAGGGUAAAGUUAAAGAUUAAGAGGUUGGAAAACACCAAUGGACGCCAAGCAACCUAUGCCAAAAGGAAGAAUGGAAUCAUGAAGAAAGCUAGUGAAUUAUCUAUAUUAUGUGAUAUUGAUAUUAUACUUCUCAUGUUUUCACCAGGUGGAAAACCUUCGUUAUGUAGAGGGAGACGCAGCAACUUUGAGGAGGUGAUAGCAAAGUUUGCUCAACUAACCUCACAAGAAAGGGCAAAGAGGAAGUUGGAGAGUCUUGAAGCACUAAAGAAAACAUUUAAGAAGUUAGAUCAUGAUGUGAAUAUACAAGAAUUUUAUGGUACAAGUAGUCAAACUGUUGAGGAUUUGAGUAAUCAAACCAAGCUAUUACAUAAUCGAAUCGCUGAAAUACAAGAGAGACUAAGCCAUUGGACUGAAAUUGAAAAAAUUAGUAGUGUGGAUGAAUUGGAACACAUGGAAAAUUCACUCAAGGAGUCUCUUAAUCAAAUUAAUUCUCACAAGGAAAAUGUACAAAAGCAACAAUUGGCAUCAUUGCAAUGCAAUAAUCAGUUCAAUGAAAUGCAUGUUCCCUACAAAAUGAGUGCUCAACAACAUCUUCAAUCUAUUUCAUGGAUGGUUAAUGGUGAUAACCAGAACAUAGUAAUGCCUGAAGAUUCAAACUUGCUUCUCCACAAAGAUGUAGAAGGCUCAACAAGUUCAUCUUUUGGGAGUUAUGCAAGUUACCUUGGCUCAAGCACAAAAACAAACAAUAUUUCAAAUUCUGGUCAAGAAAAUUGUGUCCUUAGUGACAUGAGCAAUACAGCACCAGUAAGGCUACAAUUCAAUGGACAAUUUCCAUACAUUCCAAACAAUUUCAACAUAAUGAAUGAUGUGAAGCUCCAACCAACUACAGGGAUUAAUAAUAAUAAUCCACAUGAAAACCAAGUAGAUUAUAAUGUGAAUGGUAACAUUAAUGAAGCACCUAAACAAGGGUUUGAUCAAUCCAAUCACCAUGGAUGGAGUUCUGCUUCAGGGCCUUGUGCUGUUAAUAUCUUUGAUGAACAUUUGUAUCAUGCACAACCAAAUUUUCCACAAGUGCAUUUUGGAUUCACAUAGAAACACUUGUUUUUUCUUCUAGUUUUUGGUAUUUUUGCAUGACUUACUUCUC